GAGAAGAGAAUCAACAUGACACUGCUGGAACCAGAAAUGCAGAUGACAACACUCCAAUCAGUGCUGCAGUUGAAGCUCCAGCAGCGACGCACGCGGGAGGAGUUGGUGAGCCAAGGGAUCAUGCCGCCUCUGAAAAGUCCAGCUGCAUUUCAUGAACAAAGAAAGAGUUUGGAGCGUGCCAGGACAGAGGACUAUCUGAAACGCAAAAUCCGCUCCCGGCCAGAGAGAUCAGAGCUGGUUAGGAUGCACAUUCUGGAAGAGACCUCAGCUGAACCCUCCUUGCAGGCUAAGCAGCUGAAGCUGAAGAGAGCCAGACUGGCAGAUGACCUCAAUGAGAAGAUAGCGCAGAGGCCAGGGCCCAUGGAGCUGGUGGAGAAGAACAUCUUGCCUGUAGAAUCGAGCCUGAAGGAAGCUAUUAUUGUUGGACAGGUGAACUACCCAAAGGUUGCAGACAAUUCCUCCUUUGAUGAGGACAGCAGUGAUGCCCUCUCCCCAGAGCAGCCGGCCAGCCAUGAGUCCCAAGGCUCUGUCCCAUCGCCGAUGGACUCCCGGAUUUGUGAGCCUCUCCCUAGCACCACUGGUACAUCACUAGCUCAGGGUUCAUCCCAGUUGCAGAUUAGUGCAGACUCCAGUGAAACUCUUUUCCUACCUGAGCAGCCACCUCCACCACUGCCACCUCCACCUCUUCUGCCCCCUAGUCUUACCAAUGGAGUGGCUCUUACUGCUGCCAAGCCCCCUCCAACACUCAUUAAGCAAAGCCAGCCCAAGUCUGCUAGUGAGAAGUCUCAGCGCAGUAAAAAAGCCAAGGAGUUGAAGCCGAAAGUCAAGAAGCUUAAGUAUCAUCAGUAUAUUCCCCCGGACCAAAAGCAGGACAAGGGAGCUCCUCCCAUGGAUUCAUCUUAUGCCAAAAUACUGCAGCAACAGCAGCUCUUUCUCCAGCUUCAGAUCCUCAACCAGCAGCAGCAGCACUACAACUAUCAGACCAUCCUGCCAGCCCCACCUAAGCCUCCAGGAGAGCAGCAGAGUGGUGCCAGUGCCCCUGCCGUACGCAAUCUCUCUGCCACAGUCAGCAGCACACCUUCAGUAUCUUCUGGUUCUAGUGGGCUAAUGAGACAAAACAGUAAUGCUGCGGUGGGCAAGCCUGGCCCUCUACCUGCCAACCUGGAUGAGAUGAAGGUAGCAGAGCUGAAGCAGGAGCUAAAGUUGAGGGCCUUGCCUGUCUCAGGCACAAAGACGGACCUGAUUGAGCGUCUCCGAGCUUACCAAGAGCAGAACGGUGCAGCUGGCCAAACAACCCCCACUCCCAAGCCCAGCACAGCAGCUGUCCUCCCUAAAGCUGCUGAAGUGGUGGUGGCCUUCCCAACUGCCAGGCUGAGCACAGGGCCAGCCCUGGUCACCACUGGCAUUGCACCAGCAGAAGUAGUUGUGGCCACAGUUACUGGUGGCAGCGUGAUGAAGUUUGGGAGCACAGGCUCAACUCCUCCUGUUUCUCCAACUCCUUCUGAGCGCUCGCAAAUGAGUACAGGGGAUGAAAACUCGGGCACUGGAGAUACCUUUGGAGAGAUGGUGACUUCACCUUUGACUCAGCUUACCUUGCAGACGUCUCCAGUGCAGUUCUUGGUGAAGGAAGAAAGCUCCAAGUCCGCUUCCUGCAGCAUAAAUGUGGCACCCAAGUCAGAGUGGUGUGGUGGUGGUAACAGCAGAGACGCAGAAGUUAGGGACAAAGACCAGAUGCUGCAGGAGAAGGACAAGCAGAUUGAGGAACUCACCCGCAUGCUGAAACAGAAGCAGCAGCUGGUGGAGAUGCUUAGGCUGCAGCUGGAGCAGGAGAAGCGCUCCCAGCAGUCACAGCCAGCCCCAGCAGCCGCGGGAGAAGGAACAGCCCUCGCCUCCAAACCAGGAGCGUUUGGCGCCCAGGUCAAGAGUGAAAAUGGUUUCCUGAGUUGCCAGUGUGCAAAGCAAUCCAGUGGCCAAACAGACCAAUUCAGCCCUGCACCAACCACUAGCCAAAUGGACACUUCAAAUCCAAGCCCAGUGCCAAAGAAAGCCGUGAUGGUGAAGCAGGAGGAGGCAGAGCCGCCGUGCCAGUCCCACAGCCCGCGGCUUAUCCUUGGCCAGCAAGGGAGCACCCUCAUCAAGGGCACCCCUCCCCCCACCCUCAUCACUGACUCCACAGGGACCCACAUUGUCCUCACCGUGACCAAGCAGAGCACCGAGAGGCAGGGCCUCUCUCCCCACGGGAUGGCAGGGAGCAGCUGCCCACCCUUGCAGAGCGUACAAUCAUCACCCGCUAAAACUUCCAGCCAGCUGCCGUGUCAGGUACCUGCAAACAGCCCUCAGCACCCCACGCAGCAGCAGCAGCAGCAGCAGCCCAGAGGACCAAACCAAUCUAAGUCCUCAUCGCAGCCUGGCUCUCCUGCUGCGCCUUCCCCCUCCCAGAUGGACCUGGAGCAGCAACAGCACACGCCGCUUUUUGGAACUCCUCCACCUCCUCUUCCGCUUCCCUCGGUCCCAAUGAAAGAGCCACCACCAGGCUAUGAAGAGGCCAUGAAGCAACAGCCAAAGGCCCAGGAGAAUGGCUGUUCCAGCCAGCAGAUGGACGACCUGUUUGAUAUCCUCAUUGAAAGUGGAGAGAUUUCUGCUGACUUCAAGGAUCAGUCAUCCCCAGCUGGGAAAGAACCGCCUGUGGCCCCGGCCUGUUCCCCACCGCCCAGCAGCAGCCACUCCUCGGAGCUGGCGGUGCCGGUGUCCCUGGGGCAGCCGGUGCUCGUGGGCCGGCUGGAGGACUUCCUGGAGAGCAGCACCGGCCUCCCGCUGCUGACGGCAGGCCACGAUGGGCCCGAGCCCCUGUCCCUCAUUGAUGAUCUCCACAGUGAGAUGCUGAGCAGCUCGGCCAUCCUGGACCACCCGCCUUCACCCAUGGACACCUCGGAAUUGCACUUUGCUCACGAGCCGUCUGGGGGCAUAGCCCUGGAUCUGGCUGAGGCUAACUUGGACAGCAUGGACUGGCUAGAGCUGCCAGGGGGUUCUGUCAUGAGCCUGGCUCCCCUGAGCACCACGGCUCCCAGCCUCUUUUCCACAGACUUUCUUGAUGGACACGAUCUGCAGCUGCACUGGGAUUCUUGCUUGUAAUUCUGUGAGCAGAGACUGAAGGGAAUGGGAGUGGGAGGGCACAGGCAUGCAGAGGGAAGAGGCCAGUCAACCAAAAAAAAAAGAAGAACGAGCUCCUAUUAUUUGUA